GUUGGAUACCACUGAUACCAAACGACCGCACAAAUUGAAAAAUGGAAGCAAGUUAUGUUUACUCUAAAAAACGCUCCGAAUUCGGGAGGCAGUGCAAUUUAAGCGACAAAAAUGCUGAAGUCCUGAUAGAAAUAUUACCGGAUGCAGAGUUGUCUCAAAAGUUUAUCGAAAUGAAUCCUGUAGAUAAAGGUGUUCAGUGCUCACAAGAAAUGUCUGAACACGAAGCCAAUACCGAAAGGUACAGAUCAGAAACACACGGAAUGAAUCACACGGAGGGUGGCUGGCCGAAAGAUGUCAAUCCGCAGGAACCUGAUCAGGUAAUUAGAUAUCGAAAGAAAGUUGAGAAAGAAGACGUCUAUAUUGCGACAGUUCAUAAACUAGGAAACAUUAUGGAACAUUGUAUUAAACAAAAUAAUGCCCUAAACAUUUACGAGAACUACUUCGAUGACGUGUAUCUAAAUGCUUCGGAAGAUUCCCCAUCUGCAAAGUCUAUAAACGUUCUAAAAGACAUAAACAAUUAUAAGCGCAGCGUUGCCUACCUAUCCUGGUUUACAGAUGGCCCAACGAAAUUAGCAGUUGCUUACUGUAACACGGAGUUUCAAUCUCAGUCCCUAUCGAAUGAUUCAUAUAUAUGGGACUUAAACAACCCCAAUAGACCAGAGUUGAUACUUAAACCAGCUUCUCCUCUUGUUUGCAUAGAAUACAACCCUAAAGACUCUCAUACGUUAAUUGGGGGAUGUUACAAUGGACAGUUGGCUUUCUGGGACAGGCGUAGGGGCUCACUCCCAGUUGAAUUAUCUCCAGUUGAGCAUAGUCAUAGAGAUCCUGUCUGGAAAACGCUGUGGAUACAAUCGAAAACGGGUACUGAGUGUUUCUCCACUGGGACCGAUGGACAAGUUUUCUGGUGGGAUGUUAGAAAGAUGUCUGAACCUACAGAAUUUCUUUACCUUGACCCUACCAAAAAACAAGACAUUUCUUGUGCUCAGGGUGCGUAUGCACUGGAGUACGAAUCUACAAUGCCAACGAAGUUUAUGGCUGGAACCGAGCAGGGAAUGAUUAUCUCCUGCAAUCGGAAAGGUAAAACACCUGCGGAAAAAAUCGUUGCUGUUUAUCCUGGACAUAUCGGACCUAUUUAUGCAUUACAAAGGAACCCAUUUUUCCCCAAGAACUUUCUUAGCAUUGGGGACUGGACUGCCCGAAUAUGGUCGGAAGAUAUUCGAGAAUCUCCUAUAAUGUGGACAGCUAACCACAACCACGGUUUGUCGGAUGGCUGCUGGAGUCCUAUCCGACCGGCCGUAUUUUUUGCUACACGUUUGGAUGGAACACUUAGUAUAUGGGAUAUUAUAUUCAAACAGAAAGAACCUGCACUGAAUAUUCAGAUAUGUGAAGAACCGCUCCAUUGUCUCAAAGUCCAAGAACAAGGUCGAUUUGUUGCAACAGGAUCACAUGGUGGAAUAUGCACGAUCCUAGAACUCUCUGAAGGGUUUUGGAAUCAGCCUAAAAACGAGAAGUCAUUAGUCACUGCCAUGUUUGAAAGGGAAACCCAUCGUGAGAAGAUUCUGGAGGCCAGAAAUCGAGAAAUAAAACUACGAAAACAAAAGCACAGGGGACAGAUGAGACAACUGCUAUUGAUGAGGAAGAAUUAGACACAAAACGAGUGGAAGAAAUUACACGUUCAACACAAGAACAAUUUUUGAAACCAUUGAACGAAAACUCAAAGAACAUGAGCUAAGAGAAAAGCUUGCUAUGGAAUCUGCACAAACUGCAAGCAAUAAACAGUUAAAGAAUGAAAUAGUACUUGAUGAGGAAGAAGAACGUCCUGUAUCAAGCGACGAUGAGCAAGAUGUUGUUGAAAGGGAAGGAGAACAAUGUUUGCAAACUGAAGCAGACGAACCUAGUGAAGCUGUUCAGUCUUAAUCUAGAAUUCAAGAUAGCUCACAUCAUGUUCUGAGUUUAUCGCUGGUGAUAAGCGGAACUGGAUGUCUGCUGAUGUUAUGUUAUAUCGAAUUUUUUCUUGGAAUAUUAAAAUAUAAUAAAGUUUUUGGUGCAGUCGUUAAUACUUUUACAUAUCCCAGCACAAAAACAAAAGUUACAACUAAUUCGGCAUAAAG